UAUAGGCUGCAUACCCUCGUCCACAUGUCGAGCCUUUACUCAUCAAGGCAAACAAUCUCAAGAGCCCGUCAUGAGCCUUGCCUUCAUCAAGUCUAAGAACUUAUCUUUUAUCGGUCAUUGAUUGGGAUCAGCAAGGAUGCAUUUCAUUGUGACAACCAACAUCAAGAAGAAGGCGGAUCCAGAGACGCAGAACCUCAUCAGGAGUCAGGUUAUGAUGGGCAAAAACCGGGGCAAAUCUCAUCGUGCCAAAGGACGAAGAGCCACAAGUUGGGCAGUGGUGGUCGAUUCCAAAAGAGGUCCGCCAGUACCAUUGGAUACAUUCAUCGAAGCGUACAACUCAGCCAUCCCCGGCAGAGUCGGUUCGGAUUUGUCCUUGGUACAAUUUGCUGCUAAGCUGGACUCGGCCGCGUUUGGGGAGGUGUUGAGAUGUGCGUUCGCUCCGGCUCCGCGAAGGUACUAGUUAAGGACAGGGGUGCUGACUUACUGUAAAAUUCACUAGUCUUUGACAUGGCCGCGAGAGCACUGUUCCCUCUAGUCAUGGUGACUGGAUUCAGCAACAAGGACAUGGAAUGGCUGGAUCCGCUAAAGUUCGAUGCUGCUUAUCUUCACGUCACCGUGUUCGCCGCCGAGGUCUUCAUGGACAGGGUCUUGGGCCGACGGUAUCCUAACGCCAACCAAGAUGCGACUGUGCAUUUCCUGAAAGGAGUCCACAUUCUACGGAAAAGGCUUCUACGGGGAGUCGAGAACACCAAGCCUUCCAAUCCCACGAUCGCCGUGGUUUUGACCUUGGCCGUAAGUGCAUUAUUCAUGGGUGAAGAUGAGACCUUCAAGCACCAUAUGAUGGGCCUGCGCAGGAUGGUCAACCUGAGAGGAGGCAUAGCUGCCUUCCAAGGUAACAAGCUUCUCACAGAAAUCUUUAGAUGUGAUAUCGGCAUGGCAAUGCAAAACGGGUCAGAGCCUAUCUUCUUCAACGACCCUCUUUCCGAGCCCUUUGUGUCUUACCCCGCCCGGGAGCUGUUGACGAUUCGAAACGGUCACGGCAUCACAGAUUCUCAACGCCACUCAGAAACCUUGCUCCAUAAGAUGGAUGAGAAUCUGGUCGAAGCCUGGAGAGUCAUGCAGAGAUUCUGUUCGAUCGUCAAUCUCGCUGUGGAAACCCAACAAAUGCUUUCGCCGGGACUGCUCUAUGAUACCAUGGCUUCCGUCAUGUACCGCCUGCUCCAUAUGAGUUUUGACCAAGGCUCGGUUGACGAAGCAGUACGGCUCGGCCUGUUGGGAUUGACUUAUCACAUCUUUUUACAGUGGCAGUACCUGAGGUUACCCUAUGUUUAUUUUCCUUGGGUUUACAAGGAUUGCCUUCUACACUCUAAACUUGUGGACGGGGCAUCGUCCCAGAUCAUGCUUUGGUUACUGAUGGUUGGAGCCGUUUCAGCAUUUACUACAUCCGACCACCCAUGGCUGAUGGUUUGUCUGCGAAAACACAUGGACAAAUGUCAAGUGAAGUCCUGGAACAGGAUGCGGGAAGUCCUGAAGUCGUUCAUGUGGGUGGGCCUGCUCCAUGACAAGCCGGGGAAGGAAGUCUUUGAUUCUGUCUUGUCAUGAUUGUCUCUUCGGAUCACACUACGCCGAGAAUCGACUGGUCGAGGGCGACGGAUUGGAGGCGCGCUUUGGAAUGGAUUGAUAUUGACAUAAUACCAGUAUAGCCGGCUUAUUCGUGUUUGCCGCCGUGCUCUUGUACAAUUGAACUGUCCUAGCGUGGUGAAGUGACCCUCAACGAAAG